AUUUUCGAUGGCACACCCGUGUCGGCGGGCCUCACCAGCUACAGCCUAGCCUUUCAAGCCAUAGUGCUGCGCGAUGAAGAUGGCCUCACAGCUGCAAGAGUGGCGUCCUCCCCGCAUCCCUUGACUGCCUCCACCAUCCCCGGUUUCUGACUUGGCACGAGCUCAGUCUAUGCAUGGGUAUCGCGUAUCUGGAGUCGUGAAGUUGUAUAAGUAGAACGACGAGAUCCACCAGGAGAGAUCAUCAUCCAGCUUCGAGUCCCACCAGCUCCACGUUUAGGGGAGGUUUGGGUCUGACCCACAGCAUCCUACUUCAUCCUUUGGAUAUACCCACAUUUGUCAAUCCACCUCGACCUCGUCUCAUCCUCGGACACGACCAUCAUGUCUCGCCGCAACAGCAGUGUCGUCGCUAUCGACGCCGAACAGGCACGCCGCCUUUCACUCGCAGUCACGGACAUCAAACAAGUCGCCCACGAUGCCGGCAACGCGACUCGAUCAGAACAGCAGAUGACCUUGCGCCAGGGUAUCAAGUUAUACCCAAAAGCCAUCGCCUGGUCCGUCCUGCUCUCCGCAGCCAUCAUCAUGGAAGGUUUCGACAAGGUCUUGAUCGCCAACUUGAUGGCGGUUCCUGCCUUUAAGCAAAAGUUUGGCGAACAACUUGCAGAUGGCACCUUCGAGCUCACCGCUGCGUGGCAAGCGGGCCUCACAAAUGGUGCAUAUGUUGGAGAGUUCACAGGUCUGCUUCUGAACGGUCUUAUUGCGGAUCGUUUCGGCUACAAGAAGACAAUGAUCGGCGCGCUCUUCGCUGUGAAUUUCUUCAUCUUCAUCGUCUUCUUCGCGCAGAACAUCACCAUGCUUCUAUGCGGUCUCAUCCUGUGCGGUAUCCCAUGGGGUGUCUUCCAGACCCUGACUUGCACCUAUGCCGCCGAAGUCGUACCGGUGCCGCUUCGUCCAAUUCUUACAACAUACGUCAACCUCUGCUGGGUCAUCGGUCAAUUCCUCGCUUCUGGCGUUCUGAAGGGUGUAGCCGAGCGCCCCGACCAAUGGGCAUACCGCAUCCCAUACGCCCUGCAGUGGAUCUGGCCUCUCCCGUUGAUGAUUGGCAUCUCGUUCGCACCUGAAUCUCCCUGGUGGCUUGUACGGAAAGACCGAUUCGACGAAGCAAAGAAGAUGUUGAUGCGCCUCACAUCACCCGAGAAGCUGCCCGACUUCAACGCCGAUGAGACCAUUGCUAUGAUGCGCCACACCAACGCCAUGGAGAUGGCGGUCUCUGAAGGUACUUCGUACCUGGACUGUUUCAAGGGUACUGAUCUCCGCCGAACUGAAAUCGCCGCCAUGGCAUGGUUUACGCAGGCCUUCUGCGGUGCAGGUCUUAUCGGUUAUUCAACAUACUUUUUCCAGCAAGCAGGCCUUAGCGACGCGGAUGCGUUCUCUAUGAGUCUAGGACAAUACGCAAUCGGUGGCGUGGGUGUGUUCAUGGCCUGGAUUCUUAUCCAACGUGUAGGGCGCCGCACAUUGUAUGUGUAUGGUGAUCUUGCCAUGGUUGUGUUGUUGUGUAUCAUCGGAGGUCUCGGUUUCAUUCCAGCCGGCAAUGUUGGCGCGCAAUGGGGUAUCGGCGCCAUGCUUCUGCUUUUUGCAGCCGCAUACAACUGCACGGUCGGACCGGUCUGUUACUCCAUUGUCGCAGAGAUUCCAUCCACUCGUCUUCGCCAAAAGACUGUCGUCUUGGCCAGGAACUUCUACAACAUUGGUUCUAUCAUCGGCAACGUCAUCACUCCACGUAUGCUCAACCCCGGUGCUUGGAAUUGGGGCGCAAAGAGUGGUCUUUUCUACGCCGGAACGUGCUUCUGUUGCUUUAUCUGGGCGUUCUUCCGUCUUCCCGAGCCAAAGGGCAGGACUUACGGAGAGCUCGAUAUCCUCUUCGAGAAGCGUGUUCCGGCUAGGAAGUUUAGCAGCACGGUCGUCAACAGCUUCCAUUCUAGUGAUACUGAGAGCGAGUAUACCGAGAAGAAGGGUGUCUCAGCACAUCUUGAGCAGGUAAACUCUAGGGAUGCCAUUUGAGUUGUGAGAUCCGCCACGAGGGCUUUAUGAUUUGUAAAUAUUAUGUGUGACGAAUUAUCGACUUGUCGUAAAUAGAGGAUGUAUCUUCCAUUGUAAUAGAAUGUGUUUCUCCAGA